UUGCGCUAUGGCAAAAUAAGAGUAAAUACUAAGGAGAACACCCUCGCCGUCUGCAUCGCUUCCCUCGCACAAGGCCUCUGCUCAUCACCUCCGGCCAGGGGGAAGAUAAGGGACUGAGGGCAAAAGAAGUGAAAAGGGCAGAGGAACAGUCCUUGGUUCCGAGCUCCACAAGGCUCAAGCCACCUGCAGACACAGCAGGAGCGGUCGGGAGCUCAGGCGCAGCUGAACCCUGAACACUGGAGCCUGUUUCUGCCAGCGAAGGCUCUCAGCCGUGCUGAAGGACACAGCCCUGUCCCGGGGCUGCAAGGGACCCCGGCUGCUUCCAGCUGCAGCGCUCCUCCAGCUGCCCAGCCCCAAGGUUCCGCGGUUGCCAUGGCUCGGCAGAACCAACACAAAGCACCUCCUCCAGAGAGACCGUUGUGGAUGCAAGAGGCUGAAGGAUGCUCCCUGGCAGGAACAGCUUUUCAGCUUCAGCAGAAAUAUCAGAGGGCCCGUUCCCACUGGGACCCUUCCCGAGGCACAUCUGGAUCCACAGUAACACUCCCCAGGAUGGCUUGGAUGAGACUUGCCAUGAGAUCUGGAAGCGCGUCCAACGACUGCCUGAGCAGCUGCAGGCACCAUUGCUGGUGGCCCCGCUGCAGCAUGGGCUCUGCUCAGAGCUGCUGGAGAGCCCGUGGACAGACACCACCACAUCCCAGAGCAACAACUACUUGCUAAAUGAACCAGAGGGACUUGAAAGCAUAUACACGGCAAUGAUUGGAAAAAAAGAACGGGAGAUGAAAUUAAAAGCUCUCUGUGAUGCUCAGCUUUCUGCUAAGUCCGUUAUCACCGGCUUUCUGUGCCCAGCAAAGUCCCACAAGAACUCCAAGGGGCUGGAGGAUCGCAACGUGACAGGCACCGGCAGCACAGAGAGCAGCAAGCUGGAGGUGCCACUGGUACUGAAGGACACAGACACAGCCAAAGGCACAGGCAGCCAGGCAGUGGCUGAGGAAACUAAGGUGGUGAAGGAAGUCUGCCCUGCCAAGAGCACUACAGCUGCGUCAUCAACAGCAGAAAGCGAAGCCCCAGGACAAAAGGAGCAGCUCCCACAGCUUGCCAAGACUUGCCCCCAAACCAGUUUCGAUGCAGUCACCAAGAAUGCAGUGACUACUGGAACAUCGGAUAAGAGAGGUGUUAAAUACAACGCCAGUACUUCAGGCUUUAUUACUGCUUCAGGGAUCACGGGACUGAACCAGCCGGUGUGGCAGAGUCUGAGCUUCCCUCUAUUUCCCAUCUUUCCCAACCACUUUCCACAGUUCCAGGGUCUGUAUCCAAGAGUGAGGAUCCCAUUCCAGCAAGCUCUGCACCCCUCCUUCGCAUGCUACUCGGGACAGGUACCUCUGUACAGCCCACAGCAGAUGUUCCCACCACCUCCCGCUCCCAUAGUGAACUACAUCACCCUGGUCCCGCCGCUGUAUCCGUACCAGCAGAUCAGCCCAGCCGCGCUGCACAGCAGCAUCCAGGACCUGCCACCGAUGGCCGGCAAUGGGAUCCAACUCCCGUUUUCCCCUUCCCAAGGGCUCGGUGCCAUGCCUGGAGGAGCUGUGACACCUCACCUCAACUACAUUACCAGCAACAACCCAGGAAAAUUCUAAGUGAAGCCUGGUUUUCUACCCCAGUAUCCAGAGAACACCCUUAUCUACCUGUUUAAGUCCUAGGGUCCUAUGAGGAUUUCAUGUUUUCCCCAAAGUGACUAUUUCCAUCUCGAAUAAUCCCCUAUGAUUUAUAUAGCACGGAACAGCUGCAUGACAAUUGAUCUGAAAUGGGUUUUUCUUAGGAUGACAGAAUAAAAAGGGGCUUUUUUGUUGUUUGGAAGACGAAUACAAAUAAUAAAAAUGUUUUAUUUAUGACAAA